GCCAUGGGGCGGCGGGCGGCGGGCGCGCUGCUGCUGGCGUUGCUGCUGCACGGGCGGCUGCUCGCGGUGGCCCACGGGCUGAGGGCAUACGAGGGCUUGUCUCUGCCCGAGGACACGGAGACCAUCACAGAGGGCCGAGCCGGCUGGAGCUAUUCCUACCUGUCUGAUGACGAGGACCUGCUGGCUGAUGAUGUCUCUGGAGAUGGCCUGGGCAGUGGGGACCUGGGCAGCGGGGACUUCCAGAUGGUGUACUUCCGGGCCCUGGUGAAUUUUACCCACUCCAUCGAGUACAGCCCUCGGCUGGAGGAUGCAGGCUCCAGGGAGUUCCGGGAGGUGUCCGAUGCCGUGGUGGACAAGCUGGAGAUGGAGUACGCGAAGAUUCCUGGAGACCAGGUGGUCAGCGUGGUGUUCAUCAAGGAGCUGGACGGCUGGGUCUUUGUGGAGCUGGACGUGGGCUCGGAAGGCAAUGCGGACGGCGCCCAGAUUCAGGACGUGCUGCAGAGGGUCGUCUCCGGCGGCGCCAUCGCCUCCUACGUCACGUCCCCCCAGGGGUUUCAGUUCCGACGCCUGGGCACCGCACAGACCCCCCCGUCCCCUCCGGCCGCCGUGGGGGUCACAGUGACGUCAGUGCCCCAGAUCCCGAGGGUCUGCACCGAGGCUGAGUUUGCCUGCCACAGCCACAACGAGUGCAUAGCCCUGGAGUAUCGCUGUGACCGGCGGCCCGACUGCAGGGACAUGUCGGAUGAGCUCAACUGCGAGGAACUGAUCCCAGCGCUCAGCACCACGCAGCCCUUUUUGGAGACACCGUCUUUCCCGCCCCAGCCAGAGGUCGCCACACGGCGGCCACCAGACAUGGCCAUUCCCCAGCCUCUGUUCCCCAGUCCAGGCAGGCCUGAGCCCUGUGGGCCCCACGAGGCUGCAUGCCACAGCGGGCACUGCAUCCCCAAAGACUACGUCUGUGAUGGGCAGGAAGACUGCACGGACGGCAGCGACGAGCUGGACUGCGGCCCCACGCCGCCCUGUGAGCCCAAUGAGUUCCCCUGCGGAAACGGGCACUGUGCCCUCAAGCUGUGGCGCUGCGAUGGUGACUUUGACUGCGAGGACCGCACCGACGAGGCCGACUGCCCUGUCAAGCGUCCCGAGGAGGUGUGUGGCCCCACCCAGUUCCGCUGCGUGUCCACCAGUACUUGCAUCCCAGCCAGCUUCCACUGUGACGAGGAGAGCGACUGCCCCGACCGCAGCGACGAGUUUGGCUGCAUGCCCCCGCAGGUGGUGACCCCUCCCCAGGAGUCGAUCCAGGCUUCGCGGGGCCAGACAGUGACCUUCACUUGCGUGGCCAUUGGGGUCCCCACCCCUAUCAUCAACUGGAGGCUCAACUGGGGUCACAUCCCCUCUCACCCCAGAGUGACAAUGACCAGCGAGGGCGGCCGUGGCACCCUGAUCAUCCGCGAUGUGAAGGAGUCAGACCAGGGUGCUUACACCUGUGAGGCCAUGAACGCCCGGGGCAUGGUGUUCGGCAUUCCUGAUGGUGUCCUUGAGCUCAUCCCGCAGCGAGGCCCCUGCCCCGACGGGCACUUCUACCUGGAGCCCAGCGCCUCCUGCCUGCCCUGCUUCUGCUUCGGGGUCACCAACAUGUGCCAGAGCAGCCGCCGCUUCCGUGACCAGAUCCACCUGCGCUUUGACCAGCCUGGCGACUUCAAGGGUGUGAACGUGACGAUGCCCGCGCAGCCCGGCAUGCCGCCCCUGUCCUCCACCCAGCUGCACGUCGACACCACCCUGCAGGAGUUCCAGCUGGUCGACCUGUCCCGUCGCUUCCUCGUCCACGACUCCUUCUGGGCUCUGCCCGAGCAGUUCCUGGGCAACAAAGUGGACUCCUAUGGCGGCUCCCUGCGCUACAAGGUGCGCUAUGACCUGGCACGUGGCAUGCUAGAGCCGGUGCAGCGGCCAGACGUCAUCCUCGUGGGCGCUGGGUAUCGCCUGCUCUCCCGAGGCCACACACCCACCCAACCCGGCGCCCUGAACCAGCGCCAGGUCCAGCUCUCUGAGGAGCACUGGGUCCAUGAGUCUGGACGGCCAGUGCAGCGGGCGGAGAUGCUGCAGGUGCUGCAGAGCCUGGAGGCCGUGCUCAUCCAGACCGUGUACAACGCCAAGAUGGCCAGCGUGGGGCUGAGCGACAUCAGCAUGGACACCACCGUGACCUAUGCCACCAGCCACGGCCGCGCACACAGCGUGGAGGAGUGCAGAUGCCCCAUCGGCUAUUCCGGCUUGUCCUGCGAGAGCUGCGCUGCCCACUUCACCCGGGUACCCGGUGGGCCUUACCUGGGCACCUGCUCCGGCUGCAACUGCAAUGGCCACGCCAGCUCCUGUGACCCUGUGUACGGCCACUGCCUGAACUGUCAGCACAACACGGAGGGACCGCAGUGCAACAAGUGCAAGGCCGGCUUCUUUGGGGACGCGACCAAGGCCACGGCCACUGCCUGCCGGCCCUGCCCUUGCCCAUACAUCGAUGCCUCCCGCAGAUUCUCGGACACUUGCUUCCUGGACACGGAUGGCCAAGCCACGUGUGACGCGUGUGCCCCUGGCUACACAGGCCGCCGCUGUGAGAGCUGUGCCCCCGGAUACGAGGGCAACCCCAUCCAGCCGGGCGGGAAGUGCAGGCCCAUCACCCAGCAGCUUGUGCGCUGUGAUGAGCGAGGCAGCCUGGGGACCGCCGGGGAGGCCUGCCAGUGUAAGAACAACGUGGUGGGGCGGCUGUGCAAUGAGUGUGCCGACGGCUCGUUCCACCUGAGCACGCGAAACCCCGACGGCUGCCUCAAGUGCUUCUGCAUGGGGGUCAGUCGCCAGUGUUCCAGCUCUUCCUGGAGCCGCGCCCAGGUGCUGGGGGCCUCCGAGGAGCCCACGCAGUUCAGCCUGACCAACGCCGCGGGCACCCACACCACCAGCGAGGGCAUCUCCUCCCCCACAGCCGGGGAGCUGCUCUUCUCCUCCUUCCACAGCCUCCUGCCGGGACCCUACUUCUGGAGCCUCCCUCCACGCUUCCGGGGAGACAAGGUGACCUCCUACGGGGGAGAGCUGCGUUUCACAGUGACCCAGCAGCCCCAGCCCGGCUCCCCGCCGCUGCAUGGGCAGCCCCUGGUGGUUCUGCAGGGCAACAGCAUCACCUUGGAACAUCGCACCUCCCAGGAACCUGUCCCCGGCCAGCCCAGCUCCUUCACUAUACCCUUCCGGGAGCAAGCAUGGCAGCGGCCUGACGGGCAGCCAGCCACACGGGAGCACCUACUGAUGGCGCUAGCGGGCAUCGACGCACUCUUGAUCCGGGCAUCCUACAGCCAGCGGCCGGCCGAGAGCAGGGUGUCUGGCGUCAGCAUGGACGUGGCUGUGCCCGAGGACACUGGCCAGGACCCGGCACUAGAAGUGGAGCAGUGUACCUGUCCACCUGGGUACCGUGGCCCGUCCUGCCAGGACUGCGACACAGGCUACACACGCAUGCCCAGCGGCCUCUACCUGGGCACCUGCGAACGCUGCAGCUGCCACGGCCACUCGGAGGCCUGCGAACCUGAGACAGGUGCCUGCCAGGGCUGCCAGCACCACACGGAGGGCCCUCGGUGCCAGCAGUGCCAGCCGGGAUACUAUGGGGAUGCCCAGCAGGGGACACCACAGGACUGCCAGCCUUGCCCGUGCUAUGGAGCCCCUGCUGCCGGCCAGGCUGCUCACACAUGCUUCCUGGAUACUGACGGCCACCCCACCUGCGACGCCUGCGCCCCCAGCCACAGCGGGCGGCUCUGUGAGAGGUGUGCCCCCGGCUACCACGGCAACCCCAGCCAGGGCCAGCCAUGCCAGAGAGACGGCCAGGUGCCAGAGCCCAUAGGCUGUGGCUGUGACCCCCAGGGCAGCAUCAGCAGCCAGUGUGAUGCCACUGGCCAGUGCCAGUGCAAGGCCCAGGUCGAAGGCCUCACCUGCAGCCACUGCCGGCCCCACCACUUCCACCUGAGUGCCAGCAACCCUGACGGCUGCCUGCCCUGCUUCUGCAUGGGCGUCACCCAGCAGUGCGCCAGCUCCUCCUACACGCGCCACCUGAUCUCCAGCCGCUUUGCUCCUGGCGACUUCCAAGGCUUUGCCCUGGUCAACCCUCAGCGCAACAGCCGCCUGACGGGAGGCUUCACCGUGGAACCCGCGCCCGAGGGGGCCCAGCUCUCUUUCGGCAACUUCGCCCACCUCGGCCAGGAGCCCUUUUAUUGGCAGCUGCCGGACGCGUACCAGGGAGACAAGGUGGCGGCCUACGGCGGGAAGCUGCGCUACACCCUCUCCUACACGGCGGGGCCACAGGGCAGCCCCCUCUCUGACCCUGACAUCCAGAUCACGGGCAACAACAUCAUGCUGGUAGCCUCCCAGCCUCUGCCGCAGGGCGCUGAGAGGAGGAGCUACGAGAUCGUGUUCAGAGAGGAAUUCUGGCGCCGGCCCGACGGGCAGCCGGCCACCCGCGAGCACCUCCUGAUGGCGCUGGCCGACCUGGACGAGAUCCUGGUGCGCGCCACGUUCUCCUCCGUGCCGCUGACAGCCAGCAUCAGCGCUGUCAGCCUGGAAGUCGCCCAGCCCGGGCCCUCGGACGGACCCCGGGCCCUUGAAGUGGAGGAAUGCCGCUGUCCCCCGGGCUACGUGGGCCUGUCCUGCGAGGACUGUGCCCCCGGCUACACGCGCACUGGGAGUGGGCUCUAUCUCGGCCACUGCGAGCUGUGUGAAUGCAACGGCCACUCAGACCUGUGCCACCCAGAGACCGGGGCCUGCUCGCAAUGCCAACACAACGCCGCCGGGGAGUUCUGCGAGCUGUGUGCCCCUGGCUACUAUGGAGACGCCACGGCCGGGACGCCUGAGGACUGCCAGCCCUGUGCCUGCCCGCUGACCAAUCCAGAGAACAUGUUCUCCCGCACCUGUGAGAGCCUGGGAGGCAAUGGGUACCGCUGCACAGCCUGUGAGCCCGGCUACACCGGCCAGUACUGCGAGCAGUGCGCCCCAGGGUAUGUGGGUAACCCCAACGUGCAAGGGGGCCGGUGCCUGCCCCAGGCAGACCAAGCCCCGCUGGUGGUCCAGGUCCACCCUGCUCGGAGUGUCGUGCCCCAGGGCGGCCCCUACUCCCUGCGGUGCCAGGUCAGUGGGAGCCCCCCCCACUACUUCUACUGGUCCCGUGAGGACGGGCGGCCUGUGCCCAGCAGCACCCAGCAGCGACAUCAAGGCUCCGAGCUUCACUUCCCCAGCGUCCAGCCCUCGGACGCCGGGGUCUACAUUUGCACCUGCCGUAAUCUCCACCAUGCCAACAGCAGCCGGGCAGAGCUGCUGGUCACUGAGGCUCCGAGCAAACCCAUCACAGUGACAGUGGAGGAGCAGCGGAGCCAGAGCGUGCGCCCCGGGGCCGACGUCACCUUCAUCUGCACGGCCAAAAGCAAGUCCCCAGCCUACACCCUGGUGUGGACCCGCCUGCACAACGGCAAGCUGCCCUCGCGAGCCAUGGAUUUCAACGGCAUCCUGACCAUCCGCGGCGUGCAGCCAAGCGACGCGGGCACCUACGUGUGCACCGGCUCCAACAUGUUCGCCAUGGACCAGGGCACCGCCACACUGCACGUGCAGGCCUCGGCCACUUCGUCUGCCCCCACGGUCUCCAUCCACCCCCCGCAGCUCACGGUGCAGCCCGGCCAGGUGGCCGAGUUCCGCUGCAGCGCCACCGGGAACCCCAUGCCCAACCUCGAGUGGAUAGGGGGCCCCGGCGGCCAGCUCCCUCAGAAGGCCGAAGUCCGCGGCGGCAUCCUGCGCCUGCCGGCGGUCGAGCCCUCCGAUCAGGCGCCGUACCUGUGCAGAGCCCAUAACAGCGCCGGGCAGCACGUGGCCAGGGCAGUGCUCCAUGUCCAUGGGGGCAAUGGUCCUCGGGUGCAGGUGAGCCCAGAGAGGACGCAGGUACACGAAGGCCACACCGUGAGGCUGUACUGCAGGGCUGCUGGGGUGCCCAGUGCCACCAUCACCUGGAGGAAGGAAGGGGGCAGCCUCCCCCCACAGGCCCGGUCUGAGCGCACGGACAUCGCCACGCUGCUCAUCCCAGCCAUCACCGCCGCCGACGCCGGCUUCUACCUCUGUGUGGCCACCAGCCCUGCAGGCACCGCCCAGGCCCGCAUCCAGGUGGUCGUCCUUACAGCCUCAGGCGACAGCUCACCGCCUCCGGUCAGGAUCGAGUCCUCCUCACCAUCCGUGACAGAAGGGCAGACGCUCGACCUCAACUGCGUGGUGGCAGGGUCUGCCCACACCCAGGUCACGUGGUACAGGCGAGGGGCCAGCCUGCCUCCCCGCUCACAGGUGCACGGCUCCCGGCUGCGGCUCCCUCAGGUCUCCCCCGCUGAUUCCGGAGAAUACGUGUGCCGCGUGGAGAACGGCUCCGGCCCCAAGGAGGCCACCAUCACCAUCUCUGUCCUCCGCGGCACCCAUGCAGGCCCCAGCCAUGCCCCAGCUCCGGGCAGCACCCAGCCCAUCCGCAUCGAGUCCUCCUCCUCCCACGUGGCCGAAGGGCAGACGCUGGAUCUGAACUGCGUGGUGCCCGGGCAGGCCCACGCCCAGGUCACGUGGCAUAGGCGUGGGGGCAGCCUCCCCGCCCGGCACCAGACCCACGGCUCACUGCUGCGGCUGCACCAGGUGUCCCCCGCCGACUCGGGCGAGUACAUGUGCCGCGUGCUCCUGGGCUCGGAGCACCUGGAGACCUCCGUCCUGGUCUCCAUCGAGGCCUCGGGCUCCAUGCCUGCCCCAGGACCUGUCCCACCUGUCAGGAUCGAGUCCUCUUCCUCCACGGUGGCCGAGGGGCAGACCCUAGAUCUGAGCUGUGUGGUGGCUGGGCAGGCCCACGCCCAGGUCACGUGGUACAAGCGUGGGGGAAGCCUCCCCGCCCGGCACCAGGUUCGCGGCUCCCGCCUGUACAUCUUCCAGACCUCCCCUGCCGAUGCUGGGGAAUAUGUUUGCAGGGCCAGCAAUGGUGCGGAGGCCUCCAUCACCGUCACAGUAACCAGGACCCAGGGGGCCAACUAUGCCUACCCCCCUGGCACCCAGCCCAUCCGCAUCGAGUCCUCCUCCUCCCACGUGGCCGAGGGGCAGACCCUGGAUCUGAACUGCGUGGUGCCUGGCCAGGCCCAUGCCCAGGUCACUUGGUACAAGCGUGGGGGCAGCCUCCCCGCCCGGCACCAGACCCACGGCUCGCUGCUGCGGCUGCACCAGGUGUCCCCUCCCGACUCAGGCGAGUACGUGUGCCGCGUGCUGGGUGGCUCCGUGCCCCUGGAGUCCUCCGUCCUGGUCACCAUUGAGCCCGCAGACUCUGUGCCUGCACAUGGAGUCACACCCCCAGUCCGGAUUGAGUCAUCGUCCUCCCAUGUGGCCGAGGGGCAGACCCUGGAUCUGAACUGCGUGGUGCCUGGCCAGGCCCACGCCCAGGUCACGUGGCACAAGCGUGGGGGCAGCCUCCCCGCCAGGCACCAGGUGCAUGGCUCCAGGCUGCGGCUGCCCCAGGUGACCCCAGCCGACUCCGGGGAGUACGUGUGUCGUGUGGUCAGCAGCUCAGGCACCCAGGAAGCCUCAGUCCUCGUCACCAUCCAGCGGCGCCCGGGCCCCUCUCACCCCCAGGGUGUGGUGUACCCCGUCCGCAUCGAGUCCUCCUCCGCCUCACUGGCCAAUGGCAAUACCCUGGACCUCAACUGCCUGGUUGCCAGCCAAGCCCCUCAUACCAUCACCUGGUACAAGCGUGGAGGCAGCUUACCCAGUCGGCACCAGAUCGUGGGCUCCCGGCUGCGGAUCCCCCAGGUGACCCCCGCGGACUCGGGCGAGUACGUGUGCCACGUCAGUAACGGGGCCGCUUCCCAGGAGACCUCGCUCAUCGUCACCAUCCAGGGCAGCGGCCCCUCCCACGUGCCCAGCGUCUCCCCGCCCAUCAGGAUCGAGUCCUCGUCCCCCACCGUGGUGGAAGGCCAGACCUUGGAUCUGAACUGUGUGGUCGCCGGGCAGCCGCAGGCUACCAUCACGUGGUACAAGCGUGGGGGCAGCCUUCCCUCCCGACACCAGACCCACGGCUCCCACCUGCGCCUGCACCACAUGUCUGUGGCCGACUCGGGCGAGUACGUGUGCCGGGCCAACAACAACAUCGACGCCCAGGAGGCCUCCAUCAUGGUCUCCGUCUCCCCCAGCCCUAGCAACCCUUCUGCCCCCGGCGGCGCCACGCCCAUCAGAAUCGAGUCUUCCUCCUCCCACGUGGCCGAAGGGCAGACCUUGGAUCUGAACUGCGUAGUCCCUGGGCAGGCCCACGCCCAGGUCACAUGGUACAAACGUGGCGGCAGCCUCCCCACUCACCAUCAGACCCACGGCUCCCAUCUGCGGCUGUACCAGGUGUCCCCAGCCGACUCGGGCCAGUACGUGUGCCGCGUGCUGGGCAGUUCUGGCCCCCUGGAGGCCUCAGUCCUGGUCACCAUCGAGGCCUCUGACACUAACCCUGUCCACAUCCCUGCCCCUGGUGGAGCCCCACCCAUCCGCAUCGAGACCUCCUCCUCCCACGUGGCGGAAGGGCAGACCCUGGAUCUGAACUGCGUGGUACCUGGCCAGGCCCACGCCCAGGUCACGUGGCAUAGGCGUGGGGGCAGUCUCCCCGCUGGGCACCAGGUUCACGGCCACAUCCUGAGGCUGAACCAGGUAUCCCCAGCCGACUCCGGCGAGUACUCCUGCCGCGUGACCGGCAGCUCAGGCACCCUGGAGGCUUCUGUCCUGGUCUCCAUCGAACCCUCGAGCCCCAGCCCCAUUCCCGCCCCAGGACUGGCCCAGCCCAUCCACAUCGAGGCCUCCUCCUCCCACGUGGCCGAGGGGCAGACACUGGACCUGAACUGCGUGGUGCCCGGGCAGGCCCACGCCCAGGUCACGUGGUACAAGCGCGGGGGCAGCCUCCCCGCCCGGCACCAGACCCAUGGCUCCCGGCUACGGCUCCACCACAUGUCCCCCGCCGACUCAGGCGAGUACGUGUGCCGAGUGGCAGGCGGCUCGGGCCCUGAGCAGGAGGCCUCCUUCACAGUCACUGUCCCGCCCAGCGAGGGGUCUUCUUACCGCCUUAGGAGCCCGGUCAUCUCCAUCGACCCGCCCAGCAGCACCGUGCAGCAGGGCCAAGAUGCCAGCUUCAAGUGCCUCAUCCACGACGGGGCCACCCCCAUCAGCCUGGAGUGGAAGACGCGGAACCAGGAGCUGGAAGACAACGUCCACAUCAGCCCCAAUGGCUCUGUCAUCACCAUCGUGGGCACCCGGCCCAGCAACCACGGGGCCUACCGCUGCGUGGCCUCCAACGCCUAUGGCGUGGCCCAGAGUGUCGUGAACCUCAGUGUGCACGGGCCCCCUACGGUGUCUGUGCUCCCCGAGGGCUCCGUGCGAGUGAAAAUGGGAAAGGAUGUGACCCUGGAGUGUGUCAGCAGCGGGGAGCCCCGCUCCUCCGCUCGCUGGACCCGGGUGGGAUACCCCGCCAGGCUGGAGCCGCGGACGUACGGGAUGGUGGACAGCCACGCAGUGCUCAAGAUUUCAUCAGUUAAACCAUCAGACGCGGGCACCUACGUGUGCCUAGCGCAGAACGCACUGGGCACAGCACGGAAGGAAGUGGAGGUGAUCGUGGACACGGGCACCACGGCCCCAGGCGCCCCCCAGGUCCAGGUGGAAGAAGUGGAGCUGACCGUGGAGGCUGGACACACAGCCACCCUGCGCUGCUCGGCCUCAGGCAGCCCCACACCCACCAUUCACUGGUCCAAGCUACGCUCCCCACUGCCCUGGCAGCACCGGCUGGAAGGCAACACCCUGCUCAUCCCCCGGGUCGCCCAGCAGGACUCGGGCCAGUACAUCUGCAACGCCACCAGCCCUCUGGGGCACGCCGAGGCCACUGUCAUCCUGCAUGUAGAGAGCCCACCGUAUGCCACCGUAGUCCCGGAGCACGCCUCGGUGCGGGCCGGAGAGAGAGUGCAGCUGCAGUGCCUGGCACACGGCACACCCCCGCUCACCUUCCAGUGGAGCCGCGUGGACGGCAGCCUCCCCGGGCGGGCAACUGCCAGCAAGGAGCUGCUGCACUUUGAGCCCGCGGCCCCAGAGGACUCAGGUCGCUACCGCUGCCAGGUCUCCAACAAGGUGGGCUUGGCCGAAGCCUUUGCCCAGGUGCUCGUUCAAGGCCCCUCUGGCACCAUCCCUGACACGGCCACCCCAGCAGGGGCCCCGCCCACCGUGCAGGUCACCCCUCAGCAGGAGACCAGGAGCAUUGGAGCCAGCGUGGAGUUCCACUGUGCGGUACCCAGCGACCGGGGCACCCAGCUCCGUUGGUUCAAGGAAGGGGGCCAGCUGCCUCCCGGCCACAGCGUGCAGGAUGGGGUGCUCCGAAUCCAGAACCUAGACCAGAGCUGCCAAGGGACAUACGUCUGCCAGGCCCAUGGGCCUUGGGGACAGGCCCAGGCCAGUGCCCAGCUGGUCGUCCAAGCCCUGCCCUCCGUGCUCAUCAACAUCCGGACCUCCGUGCAGACCGUGGUGGUCGGCCAUGCUGUGGAGUUCGAGUGCAUGGCGCGGGGUGACCCCAAGCCUCAGGUGACAUGGAGCAAAGUCGGAGGGCGCCUGCGGCCCGGCAUCGUGCAGAGCGGGAGUGUCAUCAGGAUCCCCCACGUGGAGCUGGCCGACGCCGGACAGUACCGCUGCACCGCCACCAACGCCGCUGGCACCACACAGUCCCAUGUGCUGCUGCUCGUGCAAGCCUUGCCGCAGAUCUCCACACCCCCAGAAGUCCGCGUGCCUGCUGGCUCUGCAGCUGUCUUCCCCUGCAUGGCCUCGGGCUACCCCACACCUGACAUCACCUGGAGCAAGCUGGACGGCAGCCUGCCGCCCGACAGCCGCCUGGAGAACAACAUGCUGGUGCUGCCCUCGGUGCGGCCGCAGGAUGCCGGCACCUACAUCUGCACUGCCACCAACCGCCAGGGCAAGGUGAAAGCUUUCGCCCAUCUGCAGGUGCCAGAGCGGGUGGUGCCCUACUUCACCCAGACGCCCUACUCCUUCCUGCCGCUGCCCACCAUCAAGGACGCUUACAGGAAGUUUGAGAUCAAGAUCACCUUCCGGCCGGACUCAGCCGAUGGGAUGCUGCUGUACAACGGGCAGAAGCGGACCCCAGGGAGCCCCACCAACCUGGCCAACAGGCAGCCCGACUUCAUCUCCUUCGGCCUCGUGGGCGGGAGACCCGAGUUCCGGUUUGACGCAGGCUCCGGCAUGGCCACCAUCCGCCACCCCACACCGCUGGCCUUGGGCCAGUUCCACACUGUGACCCUGCUGCGCAGCCUCACCCAGGGCUCCCUGAUUGUGGGCAACCUGGCCCCGGUCAACGGGACCUCCCAGGGCAAGUUCCAGGGCCUGGACCUGAACGAGGAGCUCUAUCUGGGCGGCUACCCUGACUACGGGGCCAUCCCCAAGGCAGGCCUGACCAGCGGCUUUGUAGGCUGUGUCCGGGAGCUGCGCAUCCAGGGCGAGGAGAUCAUCUUCCAUGACCUCAACCUCACCGCACACGGCAUCUCCCACUGCCCGACCUGUCGGGACCGGCCCUGCCAGAACGGGGGCCAGUGCCACGACUCGGAGAGCAGCAGCUAUGUGUGCGUGUGCCCGGCUGGCUUCACCGGGAGCCGCUGUGAGCACUCGCAGGCCCUGCACUGCCACCCAGAGGCCUGUGGGCCAGAUGCCACCUGCGUGAACCGGCCCGACGGUCGGGGCUACACCUGCCGCUGCCACCUGGGCCGCUCGGGGCCGAGGUGUGAGGAAGGUGUGACGGUGACCACCCCCUCCAUGUCGGGCACCGGCUCCUACCUGGCACUGCCUGCCCUCACCAACACACACCACGAGCUACGCCUGGACGUUGAGUUCAAGCCACUGGCGCCCGACGGGAUCUUGGUAUUCAGCGGGGGGAAGAGAGGGCCUGUGGAGGACUUCGUGUCCCUGGCGAUGGCUGGCGGCCACCUGGAGUUCCGCUACGAACUGGGGUCAGGGCUGGCUGUUCUGCGGAGCCCCGAGCCGCUGGCGCUGGGCCGCUGGCACCGCGUGUCUGCCGAGCGCCUCAACAAGGACGGCAGCCUGCGGGUGAACGGCGGCCGCCCCGUGCUCCGCUCCUCUCCCGGCAAGAGCCAGGGCCUCAACCUGCACACCCUCCUCUACCUGGGUGGCGUGGAGCCCUCCGUGCCGCUGUCCCCGGCCGCCAAUGUCAGCACUCACUUCCACGGCUGCGUGGGCGAGGUGUCCGUGAACGGGAAGCGGCUGGACCUCACCUACAGCUUCCUCGGCAGCCAGGGCGUUGGGCAGUGCUACGACAGCUCCCCGUGUGAGCGCCAGCCUUGCCAGAACGGCGCCACCUGCAUGCCCGCUGGCGAGUACGAAUUCCAGUGCCUGUGUCACGAUGGCUUCAAAGGUGACCUCUGUGAGCAGGAGGAGAACCCUUGCCAGCUCCACGAGCCUUGUCUGCAUGGGGGCACCUGCCAGGGCACCCGCUGCCUCUGUCUCCCCGGCUUCUCGGGCCCACGCUGCCAGCAAGGUCCUGGACAUGGCCUCGCGGAGUCCGACUGGCACCUGGAAGGCAGCGGGGGCAGCGACGCCCCGGGCCAAUAUGGCGCCUACUUCCACGAUGGUGGCUUCCUGGCCCUCCCGGGACACGUCUUGUCCAGAAGCCUGCCCGAGGUGCCCGAGACCAUCGAGCUGGAGGUUCGGACCAGCACAGCCAGCGGCCUCCUGCUCUGGCAGGGAGUGGAGAUGGGAGAGGCCAGCCGAGGCAAGGACUUCAUCGGCCUUGGACUUCAGGAUGGGCACCUUGUCUUCAGCUACCAGCUGGGCAGUGGGGAGGCCCGCCUUGUCUCUGAGGACCCCAUCAAUGACGGCGAGUGGCAUCGGGUGACGGCACUGCGAGAGGGCCGCCGAGGCUCCAUCCAGGUGGACGGUGAGGAGCUGGUCAGCGGCCAGUCCCCAGGCCGGAACGUGGCAGUCAACACCAAAGGCAGCGUCUACGUGGGCGGAGCCCCCGACGUGGCCGCUCUCACUGGAGGCAGGUUCUCCUCGGGCAUCACGGGCUGCAUCAAGAACCUGGUGUUGCACUCGGCCCGGCCCGGCGGCCCACCCCCGCAGCCGCUGGACCUGCAGCACCGCGCCCAGGCCGGGGCCAACACGCGCCCCUGCCCCUCGUAGGCACCUGCCUGCCCUCCACGGACUCCCGGGCAGCGCCCAGCCCGACCAUGUCGAGUAUAUUAUUAUUAAUAUUAUUAUGAUGAUUUUUUGUAAGAAACCGAGGCGAUGCCACGCUUUGCUGCUACCGCCCUGGGCUGGACUGGAGGGGGAAUGACACCCCCACGCACACCUGGGCAAAGCCACAAGGCUGGUAGGCGGGACAGGUCGGAUGGAGUAGACGCCCCAGGAGGCCACCAGGACGCGGAGUCGGGCACCGUGGCUGGGCAGGCCCCGAGCUGCUCCCACGCGGCCGCCCUGAGGGGCCCCUCCAGGCAGAGCCGGGAUGCCCACCUCAACAGCCCUUGCCAGCCCCCAUUCCUGGGAGAGCCCACCUCGGCGUCCAUCCUGGUGCUCGCCGGCUACCUGGAACAGGAGGGCAUCGCGGGAGCCCUGGCCACCCCCUCUGGGCUGGGAAGCUCUCUAGCGUCUGCUGUGGAGCAGAAGGCAGCUCCCCCUCCCCCCAGCCCAUGUCUCAGCCUCCCUCCAUCUCCCCCGCCCCCAGCCGGCUGGGCCACCUGUGCCGGGAAGCCUCCCCACUCCCACCAAGCCCCCCUGGCCUGCACUCCCCACCCACCACGCACAGCCCAGGGUCCCUGACCACAGGGGCUACAAGGGAACACCCCCACCCCCCCGCGCGCCAGAGCUGUUCCAGGCAGAGCCGAGCACUGAGAGGCUCUCCACCCACGCCAGGCCCCAUCCCCCCACUCGUCUGGAAGUGAAGGCCCAGGGGACUGGGGGGCUGCUGGCGGUCAGGAGGAGUUGGUGCCUUAGGAAGGGGAUCGCCAGCCUGUCCCAUCCACGGGAGCCUGUCCCAGGCUGGGGGGUUGGGACGCCCGGCCUCCAUGUCCGAGAACGGACCCUCUGUGGUCUUUGUCCUGAUUUUUCUUAAUAAACGGUGCUAUCCCCGCCA